AGGGAGAGGAAGGGGACGGACCUAUUCUACCGCCGGAUGCAGAGAGAAAGUGAUUCCCAGCCAGCCGGCUGCUGUUACAAAAACAACGCACAGACUGGCCUGGCUCUGAGGUCGCGGUGUCACCGUCCAGUUUAAAGCCCACAGAAGAACAUAAAGUUGAAUCCAUAUCACAUAAAUUGAAUAUCAUCUUUGAAGAGUGUAUAGUGCAGGAAAGCAAGAGCAAUGCAGGCAACGCUUUCACCUGAGUGCAAGUGUAUUUCUCUUCUGUGACUGCUCAUCUGCAGCCCCCAGCACCAGUGAGAAAGCUCCCGGCGGGUUCGUAUGCACCAAUCCAUCUCUCCAAAUCCAAUGUACUUGCUUUUCAAUUGAAAAGAAGGAUGUUGGUUGCUUACCUUCCAGACUUCUGUCUAUACAAGGCAUCUGUGGUACCAUGCAUCCCAAACUGAUGAUCUUUCUUCCUUUCUUAGCAUCUUAAAAAAAAAUAAUAAUAAGUAAAGCGUUCCCUGUUUCGGAAAAUGUGCUGUGAUUUAAAAAGGAGAUUUUUGCUCCUCUAUGCAACACAAAAAGGGCAGGCAAAAGCCAUAGCUGAGGAAAUAUGUCUGCAAGCAGGCACCCAUGGAUUUGAAGCUGACAUGCACUGUAUAAGUGAGAUGGACAAGUACAACUUGGAAACAGAAAAGGACCCUGUAGUUAUUGUUAUUUCCACAACUGGUACUGGCGACCCACCGGACACUGCCCGCAAGUUUGUUAAGAAAAUCCGGGAUAAGAGCUUGCCACCUGAUCACUUUGCACAUCUUCAGUAUGGAUUGUUAGGACUGGGGGACUCAGAGUACACGUUCUUUUGUAACGGUGGAAAGACAGUAGACCGACUACUUCAAGAACUUGGUGCCCAGCACUUCUAUGAUACAGGAUUAGCAGAUGAUUGUGUAGGAUUGGAACUAGUAGUUGAUCCUUGGAUUGAUGGACUUUGGCGUGCCCUCAAGGAAGUAUUUCUGUUGCAGAAGGAAAAAGAGGGCAUGAGCACUGAUGUCAGUGCAGACCCACAUGUAGGGCAUGAGAUAAACUUAAGCUCAAAAAUACAGAACUUGAAGUUAGAAGAUGAGGAAGCGAGGAGUUCUGAUGUUCCAUCACAGAAACUGCUUGACGUCGAUGUUGUGGCUUCAGCUAGAGACGCUGAACCUUCACUUGUUCACUCAGUCCCUCCCAUCUCUCAGUCUGCUCUUAAUAUUCCUGCCUUGCCACCGGAGUAUAUAGAGGUGCAGUUUCAGGACACCCAUGGGGAGAAUCCUCAUCUGUCCUCACUGAUUUCAGAGGGAGCAACCUUCGAAGUGCCAGUUACAAAAGCAUCACGACUCACUAGAGAAGAUGCAAUAAAAACUGCAUUGCUUUUAGAACUUGAUAUUGCAGGUACAGCCUUUGACUACCAACCUGGAGACGCCUUCUGUGUAAUAUGUCCCAACAAUGUCAGUGAGGUGGAAGAACUACUUCACAUCUUGGGACUUUCUGAAAAAGGAGAGAAUUUUGUUUGUGUAAAGGUUAAGCAAGACACUAAAAAGAAAGGAGCAACUCGUCCACAACACAUCCCUGAGAGAAGCACUCUGAAAUUCAUUCUAACCUGGUGUCUGGAACUAAGAGCAAUUCCCAAAAAGGCAUUUUUGCGAGCCCUUGUAGAAUGCACCAGUAAUGCGGGAGAAAAACGGAGGCUUCAGGAGCUUUGCAGCAAACAAGGAGCCUCUGAUUACACUCGUUUUAUUAGGGAGUCUAAUGUCUGCUUGCUGGAUUUACUUCAUGCUUUUCCAAGCUGCAAGCCUUCACUUAACCUGUUAAUUGAACAUCUCCCUAAAUUACAGGCCAGAUCCUAUUCAGUUUCAAGUUCGAACUUGUAUCAGCCAGGAAAACUGUGUUUUGUGUUUAAUAUUGUGGAGUUUCCUGCCUGUCCCACGAGACCCGUCUUACGAAAGGGAGUUUGUACAGGCUGGCUUGCUGAGUUAGUUGCACCUCUACUGCACCCCAAUAAAGACACGCUGGAUAUAAGAAGAGGAAGUUCUCCAACUGAAAAGAUAUCUAUUUUUGCUCGUCCAAACAAUACUUUCCACUUACCUUCAGACCCCUCUGUCCCUUUUGUGAUGGUUGGUCCAGGAACGGGAAUUGCACCAUUUAUUGGUUUUCUGCAACAUAGGCAAAAACUGAGAGAAGAACAUACAGACUGGGAAUUUGGAGAGACAUGGCUCUUCUUUGGUUGUCGGCAUCAGGAUAGAGAUUAUUUGUUCAAAGAUGAGCUCAGAUGUUUUCUUGAAAAUGGGACGUUAACUCAUCUGAAGGUUUGUUUCUCAAGAGACUCUUCAACAGCAGAAGUAGCUCAACCUAAGUAUGUGCAAGACGUCAUUAGGCUUUAUGCUAAGGAAGUUGCCAGAGUCCUGCUGAAAGAGAGUGGUUACUUCUAUGUAUGUGGAGAUAAGAAGCACAUGGCUGAUGAUGUCAGUGAUGCUGUAGUGGAUGUUUUAAGUGUAGAAAUGAAAGUUGACAAAUUGGAAGCAAUGAAAACCAUGGCCACGCUUCGAGAAGCAAAACGUUAUUUGCAGGAUGUUUGGAGCUAACCGUUUAGCUUUUUCUAUGCCAUUGUAAGACAAAAGAUUUUGCUUUGCAUUCACAUUUAUGCUUUUAACUAGAGUCGUUGCAAAAGGGCCAUUGUCACAGACAUUUUAACUUUCUCUGCUGAUCUUUCACUUAGGAAUGUGAAGCCUUUUCAAGGGUAACAAACCAAUCUGCUUUUUUAGCAACAUUGAGUAAUGGACUGUGUCAAUACCUUGAUUCUCUGCCUUUUAAGAUUGCUUUCAUGUAGAAAGUACAAACUUACCUGUAAAUUGUAUGUUUAUGUUACAUCGCAUAUUUUUUCCUGUAAUUCAUACACAAAGAAGCUACAAAGUAAAUACAUUAGUCACUUAACUGUACACUAUCUAUACUCAUUAGUGACUUGCCAGGAUCUACUUGGAUACUUCCUGAGACUUUUUUUUCACAAACGUACAUAGCGACAGGACAAGAGGGAAUGGUUGCUAUAGGGGAGGUUCUGAUUGGGUAUUAGGAAAGAUUGUCCAAGAGAGUUGUCAGGCACUGGAAUGGGCCGCACAGGGAGGUGGUUGAAUCACCAUCCCUGGAGGUGUUCAGGAAAUGUUUAGUUGUUGUACUGAGGGACAUGGUUUAGUGGGGAAAAUAUUGGUGGUGGGUGGACGGUUGGACUGGAUGAUCUUGGAAGUCUUUUCCAAGUUUGGUGAUUCUAUGAUUCUGUGCAUGUGUAUGUUUUCUUUUUCCUUGAACAACAGUUGCCAAAUGGAAUAAAGGUCCAGAAUAUUGCACAAAAACCUGCUGCAGAAUUUCAACUCUGAAGUAUUUUUUAAAUACCUCUGUUUUUCAUUUUCUCAUUCAAAUAUCUUGAAGUUUUGCUACACUCAGUGUUAAUCCUUAUUAAAAUUUCAUGUGUAAUUCUUUUGAA